AUGGAUUCUAAAAAAUCAUUCCUCAUCCUUGGCCUAUUAGCCAUAUUUCUUCUAAUUUCUUCACAGGUAUCAGCUAGGGCAUUAACUGAGACUUCCACUAAUGCCAACAAAGAGGAGGUUGUUGAAAACUCAGAUGAAGUAAAUGAUGCCAAACAAUUUGUUUACGGAGGCUAUGGUGGAGGCUAUGGCGGAGGCUAUGGUGGUUACCAUGGAGGAUACGGUGGUUACCACGGAGAUCACGGUGGCUACCAUGGCGGCAGUGGUGGUUAUAAUGGUGGCAAUGGUGGAUACCAUGGCGGCGGUGGUUACAAUGGUGGCAAUGGUGGUUACCAUGGCGGCAGUGGUGGUUAUAAUGGUGGCAAUGGUGGAUACCAUGGCGGCGGUGGUUACAAUGGUGGCAAUGGUGGUUACCAUGGUGGUGGUUACGGACAUGGAGGUGGCGGUGGUGGCGGUGGUGGUGGAGGAGGCUAUGGUGGUCGUGGUGGAGGAGGCGGUGGGGGCGGUGGUUACGUUAGUGGAGAGGUUUCCAGCAAUGGUAACUGA